AUGGUUGAUAAAUUAACAUCCAAUAUAACAAAUUUAUCAACAAAUAUUGGAUCUCAUUUGAAAGAUGCUUAUCAUACUACUGGUAAUGAAUUUUCAAAUUUAACAUAUAAUGUCAAAACUCAUUUACCAUUUAUGCAUAAAACUGGAUUUGAUCAAGAUGAUGAAAUAAUAGAUGAAUAUAUAUAUAAUAUAAAACAAUCAAUAAAAGGUUUGAAAUUUGUUAUUAAUCAACAUCAUGUAUUAGGUAAAAAAUUAUUCCCCUGGUUAAUUUCAUUAAAUAUUAAAAUUGCAACUAAAUUUAUACAAUUAAUUGGUCCAAAUUCAUUAUAUUUUAAAGAUAUUGAAAAAUAUUACCAUGAAUUUGAUUUAUUUCAAUCUACUCAAGAAAUACCUCAUGUCCAUCCGAAAGAACAACAAUAUUUGGUAGAAAGUGUAAAUUCACAAUUGAUUAGUUAUUUAAAUAUUUUAGAAUUUUUAAAGGUUACAAUAAAGGAAGAAUGGGAGAUUAAUGAUGAGAAAAUUAAAAUUAGAACUCAACAAAUGAAUAAAUAUUUGAAAGAUACCUUGAAAUUGAUUAGUAAAAGGAAUAAAAAGAAGUUGGAAACUAAUAAAUUUGAGCAUUAUAUUGAAAAAUUGAAUCAGAAAACACCUCCUUUACUGGAAAAAGAUCAGAAGCAUAUGGAUAAAUAUCAAGAAGAAUUAAAUAAAGUUGGUAAAGUAUUUGAAUUUUUGAAUGAAAAAUGUUUGACUAUUAUACCUCAUAUAGUCUUAUGGUUGGAAGAAUUUGUUGAAACAAUUACAAUAAUGAUCUUAAAUCAACAGGUUAAAACUUAUGAAAGAUUAAUGGAUGCUUUUGAACUGUUUUCAUUAUAUUUUGGUUUGAUAAAUGAUAAAAUUCCCGAAUAUCAAGAAAUUGUAGAACAGUGGGAGACUGAUUUAACUGCUACUAGAUUAACUAUUGAGUCAGCAAUCAAUAUGAUACAUGAUAAGAAUCCAAAUAAACUAGAUGAAGAAAUAGAUGAUAAAGAUCAAACUUCAAAUUUUAAUAAAUUUUUACUGAAAUGGAACAAUAAGAUUUUACAUGAAAGAAAACAUGAAGUUAAGUCAAAGAAUAAUAAUGGAGUUUUGGCAGAGAUCGUUGAAGUCAAUCCAUCAACUUAUUUGGAUCCAAAAUUGAAUAUUUUAGACUGUUAUCAACCUCAUAAAGUUGUCGAAAUAGAUGAAAUCCAAAUACCAGAAGUCAAUAAAGAAGCACCACCAUCAUUACCACCAAGAACAAACACAACUGUGCUUAAAAAUGCAAUACCAGAACCUAAACCUUUUAUGAAUGGCACUACUAAUCAAUUUUAUAAACUUCCUGAUGAUUCUAUGGAAUCUUUAUUACUUUCAGAUGAAGAAGCAGAUACUGAUUUAAUUUCAAUUAAGACUGGAUCAUCAGCAAGUUCAUUCUCAACCCAAAAUGAUUCAUUUUAUCAUAAUGAGAAUAAUAAAAAUUCAUUUGAAAGAAAAUUGAUUAAAAUUUAUAAUAAUGCUAAAAAUGAAAUACAAACUUGUCCAAUUACUACUAAAUUUGCACCUCGUGAUACCAAAAAUGAUUUAGACUUAUCAAGUAUUAGUCAUAAGUUAUAUAUAUUACAAUCAUUCUUUGAUAAAUUACCUGAAAGUACUGAUAAAUUCAAAAUUGCAAAAGCAGAUUACGAAGGUAAAGAACCUGGUGAUUUAUCGUUCAAACAAGAUGAAAUAAUUGAAAUAUUACUUGAUUUUCAAGAUGUUGAUACAUUAUACCAACCAAGUCAAUCUAAUUGGUCAAUUGGUAAAAUUAAUGAUAGAAUUGGAUUUAUUUCAAAUGAAUAUAUUGAAUAA